AUGGAACUGGACGUGCCUCUUGAUGCACAAACGCAGAAACACUGGCGCUCCUGUGAAAGGCGAGUUGCUGACGCUUUGCGGGUGCUGCAACACGGCGCACUGCGCGGGGAGCGGGAUCUCGUUCACGCCAUUAUCUACCGCAAUGCGAACCAGCACCACAAACACGCCUACUUCCAAGGGCUUCGAAGCGCAGUGCGGGCGCUGGAUCGCUUGGACGCUGCGUUUGCUGCACAGAAAGGAAGCUUCGCUCGAGGAACUCUGCAACUUGAUGAGAGCAACUGGCUUGCCGCCCUGGCUCAACUGGAUCAGGUACUCAUACAGCACCUGUACUCGCGGCAGGAGGUCCAAAAGCGGCCGCCGCAAGUCACACACCCGCACGGGACGAACGCCUCGUCAGCCCCGGCCCUGCAGUUGUCUUUGGAGACGAUAGCAAACGCACUGGAGCCUUUGUUGGAGGUUGCUAUUGAGUGGCUUGCAGUUGUGCGUCACCGACUGCGCAUCAGUUUUAAACACGCUUGGCACCACUUGGUCCUGCGUGCGAAUUUCCUAGCGCUGGGCAUGGCCCUUGUGGCAGCUGCAGGUCGGCUGCACGCAAUCGUAGAGCGGGCGAUGGAGAGUCUGACACACGCCCGCUGCCAUUUGCACUGGAUUCGAAAAACGCGUCAGAAGCAUGCUCGACAUGCCAGUACUCGUGAAAAGCGUCCGCAACAGCACCCAUCGCGAUCAGCGCAAAAAGCUGAUCAGUUGCGAGAGCCAGUCAGCUCUGGAAGGCAACAGAGGCACGCAGGCAUCACGCGUUCAACCGGUGUCAUCGUCACGGGUUCUAUCGAGGCACAUGCGAGGAUGCGCAGCACGAACGACGAACCUUUACAUGCAGCUCCUUCUCUGUAUCACGCGUUAGAGGCGACACGCUCGCGCACCUCCGAAUGGAGCGCCGCCCCUAACGUUUUUUCGACCUCGCCUCCUGAUCGCGCUGCACCGCAGCGGACUCGGGAAGAAGAGCCCGCAGAGACCAUGCCGCGAAGCCAUUCAGUAGACAGCCUUGAUGAGAUAUUUGCAGCGGCGGAAGCGUCGGAGGCCGACAGUCUUGAGCACCUGAGGCGUUAUAUUGACUGA